AUGGAAAAAGCUGGAACGGAAUCGGACACUCCUGUUCACGACGAUCGCGAGAAUACACAGCAUUCCGAUGAAUCCGAACAACAAUCGCAUAACAGCGUCGGGACGGAGACGCCGCCGACGGAAUCGGAUUCCUCCACUCCCAGCCUUACCCAGGUAAUGACAGCCGUCGACGAUUUCAUCCAGUCUCUCUCCGACGCGGAUGAAAAGGAUCCGCUGCAGGAAAUUCCUCCAGCGGUGGAGCCAUUCCCGGAGACGGUGGAUUCACUGGUGUCGAAGAUGGAAUCAUCUGGGAUUGGGCGGGACGAAUCAGAGGACUCUGCAUUCAUCGACGCCGUUAACCGUAUUUCAAAAUCGGUUAUGAGAUUGCGGGAGCUUAAAUUAGAUUCAACGCCGGUCUCCUCGUGGUUGAACCGGGCGAGUUCGGUUCAGCAUCGUGCUGUAUCGCUUCUCGACGAAGAGUUCCGUCAUCUUCUCGAUCGUUCCAGAGAGAAGAAGAGCGACGGGAACAAUGCCAAUCACAACAACCAGAAAUCUCCGUCUUCCCAUUCAACGCACGAAUCGGAUCGAUGCGUCAUACCGGACAAUGAUCAAUCCGAGGAGGAGGAAAGUUUCCCGGAUUUUUCACCGGAAUCAAUCUCGACGCUGAAGAAGAUCGCCGGAGCAAUGAUCUCCGCCGGUUACGAAGCGGAGUGCUGUAUGUCGUACGAAAUGUCGAGACGUCACGCGUUCAAGGAGGAGCUGAGCGCGGUUGGAUUCGAAGGUAUCAACGUAGAAGACGUGCAGAAAAUAACCUGGGAAUCUCUCGAAGGAGAAAUCGCUUCCUGGAUCUCAAUCGUCCGCCGUUGCUCCGCCGUGCUUUUCCCCGGCGAGCUAUCUCUCUGCAACAACAUAUUCUCCGAUCCCGAUCAUUCCCCAAUUCGCAAACGCCUCUUCACCGGAUUAGUCUCCGCCGUGACAAUCCGGUUCCUGGAUUUCUCCGGUGCGGUGGUGCUCACGAAACGGUCGUCGGAGAAGCUCUUCAAGUUCCUAGACAUGUACGAGACGCUCCGAGAUCUAAGCCCGGCGGUGGAACAAUCGGACUCAGAUCUGAUCGGCGAGAUCAAACUGGCUCAGACGAGGCUAGGAGAAGCAGCGGUGACCAUAAUCGGAGAGCUAGAGAACUCGAUCAAGAGCGACAACGGAAGGACUCCGGUUCCGAGCGGCGCCGUCCACCCACUAACACGUUACACGAUGAAUUACCUCAAAUACGCAUGCGAGUACAAAGACACGCUGGACCAAGUGUUUCAACACUACGAGAAGGCUCAAUCGGAUCAAACGGGAACAAAGCCUGAGCCAGAGCCCAAACGAAACCAACGAGAAGACGACGAGGAAUACAAAACGUCAGCUUUCGCUAGACAAAUGAUAAAGGUGAUGGAAUUGCUCGACGCAAAUCUAGAUAUUAAAUCGAAACUGUACAGAGACCCAGCACUGAGAUCGAUAUUCCUUAUGAACAACGGAAGAUACAUUCUGCAGAAGAUUAAAGGGUCGAUAGAGAUAAGGGAUUUGAUGGGACAGUCAUGGACUAGGAAACGAUCUACAGAGCUGAGACAGUACCACAAGACUUACCAGAGAGAAACUUGGGGGAAAGUCUUGCAGUGUAUGAACCAAGAAGGAUUACAGGUGAAUGGGAAAGUUUCGAAGCCUGUUUUGAAGGAAAGGUUCAAGAUUUUCAAUGCUAUGUUCGAUGAGAUUCACAAGACGCAGAGCACGUGGAUUGUGAGUGAUGAGCAGAUGCAGUCGGAGCUGAGAGUGUCGAUCGCGGCGUUGGUGAUUCCGGCUUAUAGGUCUUUCUUUGGGAGGUAUAAGCAACAUCUUGAUUCCGGGAAGCAGACGGAUAAGUAUGUCAAGUAUCAGCCUGAGGAUAUUGAGUCUUUCAUUGAUGACUUGUUUGAUGGAAACCCAACUUCUAUGGUAAGGAAGAGAAACUGA